AUGGCGGUGAUAGCAGGGAUGCUUCUUCCAAAGGUGGUAGUAGCGGUAGUACGAGGAAAGUUUGACAUCUACAGGAAGGUGCCAAAAGACCUUACACAGCCAACCUACACAGGGGCUAUUAUCUCUGUCUGCUGCUGUCUGUUCAUACUGUUUCUCUUCCUGUCUGAGCUCACCGGAUUCAUAGCCACUGAAAUAGUUAAUGAGCUCUACGUGGAUGACCCAGACAAAGACAGUGGAGGUAAAAUAGAAGUGAAUCUUAACAUCAGUUUGCCAAACCUGCAUUGUGAAUUAGUUGGACUAGACAUCCAAGAUGAAAUGGGAAGGCACGAAGUGGGUCAUAUUGACAACUCAAUGAAGAUACCUCUCAAUAAUGGGGAUGGCUGCAGGUUUGAGGGCCAUUUCAGCAUCAACAAGGUCCCUGGUAACUUUCACGUGUCAACGCACAGUGCCACUGCGCAGCCUCAGAAUCCUGACAUGACUCACAUCAUCCACAAGCUCUCAUUUGGGGACAAGUUACAGGUCCAUAACGUUCAUGGAGCAUUCAAUGCCUUGGAGGGAGCAGACAAACUCAGCUCAAAUCCUCUUGCAUCUCAUGAUUACAUAUUGAAGAUAGUCCCGACGGUGUACGAAGACAUGAGCGGCAAGCAGCGAUACUCAUACCAAUAUACUGUAGCAAAUAAGGAGUAUGUAGCCUACAGUCACACUGGCCGUAUUAUCCCAGCUAUCUGGUUUCGUUACGAUUUGAGUCCCAUCACAGUGAAAUACACAGAGAGGCGACAGCCUUUGUACAGGUUUAUCACAUCGAUAUGCGCCAUCAUUGGCGGAACAUUUACUGUAGCUGGGAUCCUCGACUCCUGCAUUUUCACAGCAUCAGAGGCCUGGAAGAAGAUCCAGCUGGGGAAAAUGCAGUAGCGGUGAAACUCUACCCUAGUCUCCAAGGACAGGAGCAAAGAUUGAGAAAUCUACCACUACCUGUUUUUGUCUUUAUUUUCUAUUUGAUUGAAUCAGUAAGUUUUUCUCUAAAUCAGGCUGUUCAGUGAAGACGUCUUCAACAAAUCAAAGAAAUCUCCAUGCAUUUCAGAGCUCUGAGAGUGAAAAAUCAAUGGAAUCAGGGCGUGGAUUUCAAUUCUCUCCCCCCAGAAAGAGAGGUUGAAAUGCCAUAUAUGAAAUACACCGUCAGAUCUAUGUAAGGAUGACAGUCUGUUCUCUGGGGGGUUCCUAAGGCAGUGUACAAACUAGGUAGUAGAUUGCAAAGAGUUGAGCUGUCUUGUGGCACUUUUUGGAAUUCUGUUGGGUUUGCAUGAUUAGACAAUCGACUUUUGUAUAAGGCAAAAUUAUACAUUAGGAAGAAAUUCCACCCGUGGUGCCAAAAAGGUGAUGUAUCUGUUGGAGAGGAAUGGAAAGUGUUAGUCCCCGUAGCAAACUUUAGAGACAGAGGGCAGAAAUAACAUCAAAAAAUGUUUUGUGCUUUUAUUGAAAGCUCUUUUGUUCAGAUAUGACCUUUCUAAUGAAAUGUGCAAACGAGAAGAGGAAGCCUUCCCGCAGCUACUUUUUCCUGGGUAAUCUGUGAUCCAGGCAGUGGAGGGCCUUUCUUUUACUCUGGAUGUAAAAGUGGUUUCAUUUCUUCCCAGAAACUGAAUAUCCAGUCUUGUGUUUACAGGUGGCAUGAAGUAAAAACCAAACUGAACAACACAGUUUUAUGUGGCCUUUGCUUUGAAAGGGAAUAGUUGUCUUUACAGCAUUAGCUUUUAUUCUUUCUUACG